UUGUUGGCCUUUUGGUUGCAGCAACAACGUUGCUCACGUUGCUCGUGUGCUGCGCUGAGAGCCACCGCAAACGGGUGCAAAUUCGUGGGGCUUAUGUUAUCGCCAUCAUUUCAUUCAGUCAGCUGUCGCAGUUUGUGAUGGUUGUUUGUUAGUGCUACGAAAAUCGCCUUCAAAAUUUCUCUGGUUGUCUGUCGUGUGUUUUUAUUGUAAUUGUAAAUUUUGCAUUGAGUGCUUAAUGGUUGCAGGUAAAUAAAUGUGGCAGGUUGGUGAAAAUAAGAAAAAUAAUCAAUUAUUUGUUAUUAUAACAACGCAUGAAAUAACGGUAAUUAAUAUAUAAAUAUUACUAAAAUAAAUUGGAGCCACAGGAGCCGCAGUAUACAUCAAAGGAUACGUCUACACACGCUUUAACUGCGAAUCCUCUCGAGCGAACUUAAACAAAGCAACGCGCACACAGCAAAUCGAUGAAGAUGGGUUCACCAGCCGUUAAGCAACACAAACGCGCAAGCAAAUCGUCGAGCUCUUCACGAGUCAGCAUGACCACUUCCGAGGCGGAGGAGAACUUCGUCGAGUCAAAACUUUUCAGUUGGAUGAGACUCUUCCGAUUUGCUUCGUUGCUUUGCCGUGCGGAGUAAUUAAGUCACACUUGCACAACAUGAGUGAGCCACUUGGCGGAGGCCUGCCCGCCUCCAAGAUUUGUGACUGGGGAUUAUAUUAUAAUAAAAUAAAGCAUAAACAAUAAUAAUUACAUACAUACGUAGUCAUAAAAAUGCAAUUAGUUCAUAGUGCUGCAUGAGUGUAAUUAGAAAAUUACAAACGCAAACUUAUCAAAGCCAAUAACCACAAAGUCCAUUGUACUAUUUGAAAAAAAAAAAACAAUGUUGAAAGUGAAGUACCGUUGAAUUUAAAUAAUAAGUAGUAGUCAAAUUGGUUGAAACAAUAAAAUAUUUAUGAAAGAAAAGAAAAAAAUAUUCAAAGAAAUACAUAUUUACAUAUUUUAUUAAAAUUAAUAAUAUACUAUAUAUGUAUACUAGCGCUUCUCUGUACCUUAAUUGUUGGAUGAAAACUUUAUUUUUAAAAAAUAUCCGAUGUUCUCGAAUUAUAGUCAACUUGUUGAACACAAACUAGCACAUAAAAGCUUAUAAGUUUGUAGUUACUAGUUUGCGAAGACAACGGAAGAAAAUUAAAUAAUUCAAAACUACUACAUCUAGUGUAUUAAAUAUUUUACUGUUAUCUAGUAGAAAUUCCAUUUUUAAGAAACUGUUUACAAAAAAAGUUAUUAAUUAAAACAAAUCUACAACUCUGGGAACUACUACAGGAAGUUCUACAUAUAAUUUAAGCCCUAUAGAAAUCUCUAUAAAAACCCAUAAGUUAACAAAGGGUAACUAGUCCCACUAAACUCUUAAACAACACAAAAAAUAGUUUAAUUUUCUCCACCAGUACUGUUUCUAAGAAAUAUGCAAACAGAAAGCAAUAGAAUUACUGAAGAUAACAAAAAGCAUUUAGUCCAAAGUUGCCAUUUAAUUAAAAAAAAAUAUUAAACACAUACCUAAGUAUGUAUGUAGACACAUGAACUAACCUCAAAUGUUAACCAAAAUGCAAUAUGAAAUAGCACAAGCGUCGCUGAUUGAGACGACUGCACACAAGCGAGUACUGAAUCACAAACAUUACAUAUUAUAAUCGGAAUGAAAUGUCACAAAGUCAAUAUAUGUAGGUACAUAUGUACAAAAGUAUGUACGAAAUCCAGUCAAAGAAUGGAGUAAAAUAUAUAUAAAUAUAUAAUAUAACUUUGCAUCUCAUCUCAUGAGAUUUUGCCGACUAAUUUUAGCUUUUAAUUGCAUCUUAGCCUAAGUCAAAGAGUUUAUCGAAUUGACCUGAAUUAAUAAAAAUAAAAUAAUAAAACUAAAUAAAAAACUGGCUUCAAAAAAAGCGUUUAAUGUUCGAUACAAAUUUUCUUGGAAACAAUAAAGAAUUGCAUGAAUCUGGAAUCAAUUA